ACUCUCGCUCGUUUUGUAGCAGCUCUCGUGGUGUGACUUGUGAGAGAGAACGAGAGAGAGAGAGAGAGACGAUGAGGGAGAUGGUGGUUGGAUCGGAGGGAGGGGGAAGGGAGGCAGCGGUGGCGCCACCGCCGGCGUUGCUGGAGAGGCUGAAGGAUUAUGGCCAGGAGGGCGUCUUUGCCCUCUGGGAUGAGCUAUCCGCGGAGGAACGUGAUCUUCUCGUCAAGGACAUUGAGAGCCUGGAUCUUGCCAGAAUUGAUCGGAUCAUACGAUGUUCCCUUGGUUCUCAAGGUCUUCCAGUGCCAGCAAUUGAACCUGUUCCAGAAGCUAAUGUUUCAACAGUAGAAGAUAGAUCUUCAGAGGACAGAGAGAGAUGGUGGAAGAGGGGAUUAAAGGCUAUCUUGGAAGGGAAGUUGGCAGUUGUGCUUCUAUCCGGUGGCCAGGGUACUCGUCUUGGAAGUUCAGAUCCAAAGGGAUGUUUCAAUAUUGGGUUACCAUCUGGGAAAUCACUUUUCCAACUUCAAGCUGAGCGGAUUUUAUGCAUGCAACGACUUGCAUCUCAAUCAACUGAGGGCUCUUCUGGUAUUGUGCCAAUACAUUGGUACAUAUUGACCAGUCCAUUUACUGAUGAAGCCACUCGCAAAUUUUUUGAAAGUCACAAGUAUUUUGGUUUGGAAGCAGAUCAGAUCACAUUUUUCCAACAAGGUACUAUUCCUUGUGUUUCUAGAGAUGGUAGAUUCAUUAUGGAGAGUCCAUAUAAGGUUGCAAAAGCUCCUGAUGGCAAUGGAGGAUUAUAUUCUGCUUUGAAAUCUUCAAAAUUACUUGAAGACAUGGCCAUGAGAGGUGUAAAAUAUGUGGACUGUUAUGGAGUUGAUAAUGCUCUGGUUCGGGUUGCAGACCCAACAUUCUUGGGGUAUUUCAUUGACAAAGGUGUGGCUGCUGCUGCAAAAGUUGUACGCAAGGCUUAUCCACAAGAGAAGGUUGGUGUCUUUGUCCAACAUGGUAGAGGUGGGCCCCUAACUGUAAUUGAGUAUAGUGAGAUGGAUCCAACAAUGGCCUGUGAGAUCAAUCAGAUAACUGGACGUCUUCGGUAUUGUUGGAGCAAUGUUUGCUUACAUAUGUUCACAUUGGACUUCCUCAAUCAAGUUGCAAAUGGCCUUGAAAAGGACAGCAUUUACCACCUAGCUGAAAAGAAAAUUCCUUCUAUCCAUGGAUUCACCAUGGGCUGGAAGCUUGAACAGUUUGUAUUUGAUGCAUUUCCGUAUUCUUCUUCAACAGCUCUUUAUGAGGUAAUACGAGAAGAGGAAUUCGCCCCUGUCAAGAAUGCAAACGGUUCGAGUUAUGAUACUCCUGAUAGUGCUCGCCUAAUGGUCCUUCGCCUGCAUUCUCGCUGGGUGGUUGCUGCUGGUGGCUUCUUAACACAUUCAGUCCCGCUAUAUUUGACUGGUGUGGAAAUUUCGCCGCUUUGUUCAUAUUCCGGGGAAAACCUUGAAGCUAUCUGCCGGGGAAGAACAUUUCAUGCACCCAGCGAAAUUACCUUCUAGGUGGAGUAAACUCUGCCAAAACCUUAAGUCGUUUGAUCUUUUUGGAUCAGUUCAACUUUGGGCAUAAUUUUCCUUAAUAGGAAAUGGUGUGACCAUCUGUGAGCUAUAUUAGCGUUAUGUUAUUCUGCCCAUUUUAGAACAAGAUGUAUCUUUUUUACUUCUUUUUCCUUCUAGUUUUUGUUUUGUCAUUGUCAAGUUUGUGAGUAUUUAGUGUCAAGUAGAACAAAGCAACUGAAUAAUGUAUAAUGAUUCCUGUACUUUCUGCAAAUCAUACAAUUCAUAAUAAUGAUGCGAGCAAUUUAGUUCUCUGCUGAGAAGUUAAAAA